AUGGGAGUCAAGUCAUUCGUCGAAGGUGGAAUAGCAUCAAUAAUCGCCGGAUGUUCCACCCACCCACUUGAUCUCAUCAAAGUCCGGAUGCAGCUCCAAGGAGAAAACCACUCCACCGGCAGAGGCGGAAUCACCCGCCCUCCACGCGUCGGUCCCAUUUCCGUCGGAAUGCGGAUCAUUCGACAAGACGGCUUCCGCGCGCUUUACUCCGGCGUCUCCGCCACCAUGCUCCGCCAGACCCUAUAUUCCACCACCCGAAUGGGCCUCUACGACAUGCUGAAAACCAAAUGGACCGAUCCAAACACCGGGAUCAUACCUCUAUGGCAGAAGAUAACCGCCGGACUUAUCGCCGGAGGAAUCGGCGCCGCUGUCGGAAACCCCGCCGACGUUGCAAUGGUACGAAUGCAAGCCGAUGGAAGAGUCCCCCCUGCAGAGCGUCGUAAUUACAAAAGCGUAUUCGACGCGAUAUCACGAAUGGUGAAAAACGAAGGAAUCGGUAGUCUAUGGCGGGGAUCAUCCCUUACGGUGAACCGAGCAAUGCUGGUGACGGCGUCGCAGCUGGCGUCGUACGAUCAGAUGAAGGAGACGAUAAUAAACAGGGGUUGGAUGAAGGAUGGGCUUGGAACCCAUGUGACGGCGAGCUUUGGUGCAGGUUUUGUUGCGGCGCUUAUGACGAAUCCGGUGGACGUGAUUAAGACACGAGUGAUGAAUAUGAAGGUGGUGGCCGGAAAAGCUCCGCCGUAUACGGGCGCCGUUGAUUGUGCCCUGAAAACAAUUAAAGCAGAAGGGCCGAUGGCUCUUUACAAUGGUUUCAUUCCGACGAUAUCAAGACAGGGACCAUUUACUAUCGUGCUCUUUGUCACACUGGAACAGGUGAGAAAAUUGCUCAAGGAUUAUUAA